UUAAGAUCGCCCAUUGUUUGCGGCCUGUAGUGUUAACUAUGGAUAGUUAUUACAAUGCACUCUGUGCAUUGUAAUAACUAUCCAUUGUGCUCGAUGUAUGGACUAUGUGUGGAUUACGGAUUACCUAUCUAUUGGAAUACGCCUGGAAUAUGGACUUGGAUACGGCUUCUUGCUUAAAGAGAACAAUACUGACAGUGAACUGCUGGAAACCUGGAGACAGGAUGAAUCCGCGUGUGUCGCUACCCGUGGGGUUGUUCGUCCUCGUCAUUAUGGGCACUGGUGUGACUGGUCAAGUCGCUCCGGACAUAAAAGUAAUCACCGCCUGGCCUUCACCUAACCUGUACUACCUGGAGUCCUUAACUCUGACGUGUUACGGCGGAGGGGACCCCGCGCCGACCUACACCUGGACGCUGGACUCGGGCCCGAUACCGGCGCGAGCCGUGUUGGACACGAGCGCCGGCACGCUGACCCUGGCAGACGCCACGGACGCCGACGGCGGAGUGUACACCUGCACGGCCGACAACGGCAUCGGAACCGUCGCCACACUGAACGUCACCGUGGUGGGCUGUCCUGACAUUUCUACCUGCACAGACAGCAACUCCUACUGUCCCAGCUGGGCGAGCAUUGGAGAGUGUGAUAACAACCCGGGCUACAUGCUCCCUAACUGUCCACUCAGCUGUGGUGUAUGCUUCCCAAACCUAGGUGCUCAUUGCACCAACACCCGCCGUGGUCGCUCCUGGGACACAUGGGAAUGCUAUGACGUCACGACUGUCCCGGCUGACGUUCAGAGCGAGCUUAAUCUGGACACGUCAUUCUACCAGAAAUAUCUCCAUGCCUACGGUAUCCCCAUCCUUGGCUCUUCCAUCCUACCGGAUGACGCCCUCCGUAGGGCGUGUUACGAUGUGCUGUUCCUGUUAGCGGACAGAAAGGACGUUCGGGACUCGUACUAUAACUACUAUGGCAGGGCUGCCAUCAUGGACGAUACUGAGGUGACGCUGGACAUUCCCGAGCAUUCCAACCUUGACCCAGUGUUCACGCGGGCCAGAGGCCUGGCGGGCACCGUCUCCAGACCCGUGUCCACCGGGGCCGAGGAAAACGUGCUCUGCUUCAGCAAUGACUCGUACCGUGUUGAAGACACCUUCAUCCACGGGUUUGCCCAGGGACUGGACAUCCUUGGCGCCCGGAAGGUCAUCAGUGAUUUCCAAACCCGCCUGCAGGCUGCUUAUGACAGCGCCCUGGACAAUGGACUGUGGGCAAACACUUUCGCUGACGACACCAGGGAUUCGUACUGGGCGGAGGGUGUGCAGAGCUUCUUCAACGUGAACCACGAGCGGGAUCCGCCCGACGGGAUCCACAACCACGUCAACACGCGCACGGAGCUGCAGGCGUACGACCCUGACCUCUACGCCAUCAUAGAGGACAUCUUCCCCUGCGGAAACUUCCUGGUCAGGCGCUGUGUCAGGGACUAUGAAAGCUAUACGCUGAAGAUGGACUGCUUCUCUGAGAACUACCAGAGGGCCACUGUGGUGGGGAAUGCCGUCUGGGGCGAGACUUCCACAAGCACUGCUGCCUCACAAGGUGCAACACCGACACCACCUGCAAGCACACGGACAGUAAGCCAGACGACUACUGUUAGCACACCGAGUGUGAGCCGACCGACAGCACGUACAACAAGCAUCGCUCCACAGUCCACAGUCGCUCCGGACAUAAAAGUAAUCUCCGCCUGGCCUUCAGCUAACCUGUACUACCUGGAGUCCUUAACUCUGACGUGUUACGGCGGAGGGGACCCCGCGCCGACCUACACCUGGACCCUGGACUCGGGCCCGGUACCGGCGCGAGCCGUGUUGGACAUGAGCGCCGGCACGCUGACCCUGGCGGACGCCACGGACGCCGACGGCGGGGUGUACACCUGCACGGCCGACAACGGCGCCGGCACCGCCGCCACACUGAACGUCACCGUGGUGGGCUGUCCUGACAUUUCUACCUGCACAGACAGCAACUCCUACUGUCCCAGCUGGGCGAGCAUUGGAGAGUGUGAUAACAACCCGGGCUACAUGCUCCCUAACUGUCCACUCAGCUGUGGUGUAUGCUUCCCAAACCUAGGUGCUCAUUGCACCAACACCCGCCGUGGUCGCUCCUGGGACACAUGGGAAUGCUAUGACGUCACGACUGUCCCGGCUGACGUUCAGAGCGAGCUUAAUCUGGACACGUCAUUCUACCAGAAAUAUCUCCAUGCCUACGGUAUCCCCAUCCUUGGCUCUUCCAUCCUACCGGAUGACGCCCUCCGGAGGGCAUGUUACGAUGUGCUGUUCCUGUUGGCGGACAGAAAGGACGUUCGGGACUCGUACUAUAACUACUAUGGCAGGGCUGCCAUCAUGGACGACACUGAGGUGACGCUGGACAUUCCCGAGCAUUCUAACCUUGACCCAGUGUUCACGCGGGCUAGAGGCCUGGCGGGCACCGUCUCCAGACCCGUGUCCACCGGGGCCGAGGAAAACGUGCUCUGCUUCAGCAAUGACUCGUACCGUGUUGAAGACACCUUCAUCCACGGGUUUGCCCAGGGACUGGACAUCCUUGGCGCCCGGAAGGUCAUCAGUGAUUUCCAAACCCGCCUGCAGGCUGCUUAUGACAGCGCCCUGGCCAAUGGACUGUGGGCAAACACUUUCGCUGACGACACCAGGGACGCAUACUGGGCGGAGGGUGUGCAGAGCUUCUUCAACGUGAACCACGAGCGGGAUCCGCCCGACGGGAUCCACAACCACGUCAACACGCGCACGGAGCUGCAGGCGUACGACCCUGACCUCUACGCCAUCAUAGAGGACAUCUUCCCCUGCGGAAACUUCCUGGUCAAGCGCUGUGUCAGGGACUAUGAAAGCUAUACGCUGAAGAUGGACUGCUUCUCUGAGAACUACCAGAGGGCCACUGUGGUGGGGAAUGCCGUCUGGGGCGAGACUUCCACAAACACUGCUGCCUCACAAGUGGAUGGCGGUUGGUCCGACUGGAGCCCGUGGUCUGCCUGUAGCGUGACGUGUGGAGUCGGGACGGAGACUCGGGACCGAACCUGCCCCAACCCUGCACCAGCUAACGGUGGGGCGGACUGUGAUGGACUGGAUCAGGAGACACAAGACUGUGGCACGGGAGUGCUCUGUCCAGUUGACGGCAACUGGACCGACUGGAGCCCGUGGUCUGCCUGUAGCGUGACGUGUGGAGUUGGGACGGAGACUCGGGGCCGAACCUGCACCAACCCUGCACCAGCUAACGGUGGGGCGGACUGUGAUGGACUGGAUCAGGAGACACAAGACUGUGACACGGGUGUGAUCUGUUCAGCUGUGUCUGAAUUGACCUUCCACGAUAUCGAGGCGGACCAAAUGACCCUGUCCUGGACAGCAUCUGCUGACGUAACACAAUACCGACUCCGCUAUCGUCAUGCCGGGGCAUCGUACCAGGACCUGUCUCCCCCGCCUGCACCGGGCGACACUCAGGCAACCGUACGGGGACUGUGGGCGGAUACAGAGUACAACUUCACCCUGACAGCGUUUGGAGAGGACGACGAGGAAAUAGGAGAGAUCAGCGGGACAGAGACAACAGCUAAAGUUAUCGUGAACGUGGACUGCCAUCAGGACCACAUGACUGUGACCUUCCCUAGAGCAGCGCUAUCAGGGGCAGAUGUGGACAACAUGCACCUGCUGAACGACAGCUGCCGGGCGACAUAUACCGAGACGGAGGUGACUCUUCGGACCGGUCUGCAGGAGUGCGGGACGAUCCAGGAAUCAUCAGGAGGAAAAAUCAUCUUCAGUAACGAGGCCUUCGGCAAUCCGGUAGAGCAAGAUAACGGCGCUGUGAGAGGAGCAACCUUAAGGAAGAGGUUCCAGUGUGAGUUCGUCAGUCAGUUUGUUGUCUCACAGGAAAGGAACAUCCUCUUCAACAUCCCGCCUCCUCGAGUGGAGGUGGAGAACGCGGAAAACCAGUUCACCUUCGAGAUGCAUAUGUUUACAUCUCCAGACUUCGUCAGGACCUACAACUCACCCGAUUACCCUGUGCAGGUGACCCCGUCUGACCAGCUGAAUUUCGGACUGAGCGUGAACUCACCUCUGGACAACCUGGAGCUGCUCGCCCUCCACUACCUCGCCACGCCGAGUACCGACCCUGACGACUCUCCGAGCGUCAGCAUCAUUCAAGACGGGUGCGACAUCGACACAACGCUUCAGUUAAACACUGACCUGUCUAACGACAUGGCCUUGUACUACUCCAUCCAAUCAUUCACCUUCCCCAACGUUGUCGAUCCCAGCCUGGUGUACAUCCACUGCACCAUGGUGGUCUGCUUCAAGGACGACCCGGACUCGCGGUGCAGUGAGGGGUGUACCCCCGCUAGGCGGCGCAGGCGCGCUGUGUCUGACAUGAGCGAGGCCGGAGUGCUUCGUGCAGGUGUAAGGGACCAAACAGCCCACAUCAUACAGGGACCUUUCCAUGUUAAGAGUGGAAAAAACCAAGCCUCCACUCUGUCCACUGUCGGCAUCGCUGUCGGGACAGCUGCAGGGAUAGCUGGCGUUCUCCUGUUGGCUGUUGCUGUCUUCCUGGUGAGGAAGAAACGUGGUCGUGACGUCAAGAAACAGGCAAAGGAUCGUGUCGGUUUUGACAACUACUCGUUCGAGCUCUGGAGGAAGGGCAAGGCUGACAACGCGACUCCCAAACCCGAGUAG